UCAGCGUACGGAAACAUAAUCUAUCGGAACUUUUUUUAAGCAACUCCGGAAGUAUGUGUUGGUUCGCGCUCUGAUUCCCGCUCGUAAUGUUUAUCAGUUCCCCGGAAACUGAAUUCAAAAGUUAGACUUGGACAUUAGAAACAGAGCGAGAGAGCUUGCUAACUUCAGACAACGAAAAGCAAAAGGGCAGGUCUCAAAUCCGCAGGAAAAGACGCAGAAGGGGAAGAAUUCGUCUAUUUACUCGUAUGACGUUUCGCAGGAGGAGAGCUCGAUAAAUGCUGCAGACUGUUUCCCACAUGAACUAGAAUUUAAAGGUCGUAACAAGAGAUGAGCUUGGAAUACAGCUCACUGACUUUGGCAGGUUAUCAUGAAAUGUCUGAUGUGGAAGAAGGUGAUCACAUGAACCGUGAAACUUUUGAUAUACAUGGAGAAGAUGAAACAGAGACUGAGAAUGAAUCACACCAACUGCAAAAGCAGGUGGUACACACUUCUAUUAAUGACUGCAAUGAUAUGACCCAGUUAUCUAGUAACUUGCAGCAGGAACUGCAGGGCUGUCUGCAAAUGCUAGAGGAUCCUGCACCUCUGUCUAAUCCAAUACAUACCAUGGAGGGUCAGCUGCAUGAUGCAGCUAAAGAUAAAGAGAAGCAAGUAGCAAAACUGGAAAACCUAAUGCAGGAAAAAGAAAAGAAACUUACAUUUUUGCAGGAAAAGUUGGAAAUAUCUGAAAAAUCUGUGUUUGUUCUGAAGCAGGAACUUUCUGAGAGCAAUGUUGAAGUGGUUAAACUUCAACAUAAAUUAUCUGGGUUCAUACAUCCAGGAACACUACAAGUUGAAAAAAGUAGUGUUGGUAUGGAUAAGGAGCAGGAACUUGCCAGUACUGGGGAAGAUAGAUUUCAGUUUCUUACUUCAGUAAUAACAGAUUUAAGACAAAAGCUUGAACACUCUGAAAGUCUUUGUCAUGAUUUGUCUAAGAAACUUCGGGAUCAAAUGUUGGAAUUUGAGAGGGAGAGAGUGUGUUUGGAACAUAAGCACAAUGAUAUAGUCACUAAUUUCAAGCUACAGUUGCAGCAUGCUGAACAGCACGCACGGGAGGCUGCUGCACAUGACAAACAAGAGAAAGAACAUUUAAAUGAGGAGCUUCGUACUCUUAAAGACAAGUUGAGGUUAGAGUCAGAAAGUAACCAGACUUUAAAGAUGCGACAUGACCAAGAUGUACAAUUCUAUAUCACAAAAUUGCAGAGUUUAGAGAGAGAGCAAGAACUGCAUGAAAAGCUGGCCCAUUCCAGUUCUGUGGAGUUGGAAAAAGAGUCUAGUGAUAUGUCUGAUAAGGGCUCUAAGCAUGCACUAAAAGGAGACUACUUCAGGCAUGAGCUUGAAGAUCUGAAGAAAAACUUAAAUCGUGUCAAAGCCAGGAAAGAUAAUGACAACUAUGAAACAGCCCUGCAUCAUCUAGAAGAUCACGAUGAUGGGGCGUUGAGUCCUUUGUCUGAUACUCUGGACUGUAUGGACAAGUACUUGGUCCCAAGUGCAAGCGUAGAAUCAGACAGCCAGGAACACGCUCAUUUUGAGUUAGACAGUGACUUUGUGUUGGAACAAAGUCUCAGCUCCUUAACAGAAGAGAGUGUUAAUCUUCUCUCUUCCCCGAUGGCAAUUACAAAUGUCUUGGCAGGAGGGGCUUCCCUUGGGACAUCUCUGGAUCCUGAAUAUUUUGCAGUCUAUCUUUCCAGCAACCUAAGGUCUCCUGCACCUUACAAUGAAUUUAGCACCAUGUGCGAUGAAAGCUUGCUACAGAAGUGUGCAGUUCUUGUUGAACAGCUGAAUGAUAAAGAGCAGCAGUUACAGGAGUGUUCUUCUGCCCUGGAGGAAGCACUUGUAAAAUGGUCAGAAGUGACAAAUGAACUGGCUGCUGCAAAACUUGAAUUAAAUAUUGAAAAAUCCAAAGGGGGUGAUUUUAAAAAACACGAGCUGAUUGUGGAAGAGCUUCAGAGCGAAAGGGAUUCCCUGAGGAAAAAAAUAAUUGCUUUAGAAACCAAGAGCAAUGUACAAGAUCCAAACAAUUGUGGAGAAAAACUGUACCAUGACAGCGAGAUUCUUAAAAAUCCCUUGUUAACAGAAGACAAUUUAACACAGUUACUGGUUGAAAAGAAAAUCCUUCAAAGCAAACUAUCUAAUGUAGAGCAGGAACUUGAGAAAGCCCUUGAGUUUUGUAAUGAACUGAAAACAGACAAUGCCAAACUCAACCAAAUGCUUCAGGAUGUUCAGAAAUCAAGAGAAUGUGACCAUCAGGAAUAUGACAACAAACUCAAUGCCAAAGGGGUUGAGCAGCAGCUUCUCUACCAGACCAUUAAGGAGAAAGAAGCAGGGUUCCAUGAAAGGGAAAGGAGUUUGCAAGAGGAAGUCUGUGUUUUAAAGCAGGUGAAGGCAGAGCUGGAGAACAGAUCGCAGGCAGAGGUUGAACAUCAAAAUGCUGAUUUCCAAAAGUCAGAGCAUCACAUGCAAAUGGAGGCUUUGCGUCUGAGUCUGACCAACAUGCAUACUGCACACCUAGAGCUUUGCCAGACCAACCUGCAGAGAGAAAAAGAAGAUGCUCUGGUGCAGCUGCGUGAGCACCUGAAUGAUAAGCGGUCGCAGGAUGUAGCACUUCUUCAGGGAAGGCAUCAGUUUGAAGUGGAAAAACUGAAAAGCCAACAUGCAGAGGCCAUGGAAAAUCUGGUGGUUCAGCAUUCUCAGGAACUGGAAACCAUGCAAGGGGAAAUAAUGCAGCUAAAGGAAGCCCAAUCACAAGAGAUACUCCAUCUACAGAAACAAUAUGAGAAAAAAAUGGAUGGCCUACAAGAGGAGCAUUCCCAGGAGUUAGAAGAAUGGAAGGAAAAAAUGGAAAACAUGCACCAGCAGGAAUUGGCAAGUAUAAAUGAGACAAUGCUGAAUGAAAUGUUACUACAACAUCAGGAGGAUAUGGAGAACCUAAAAUUGCAGUUGCAGAAUGAAAGAAAGCAUUGUGAUGAGCUAACUGUACAGAACCAGAAUGAGGUAUCCAUUUUGCAAUCUGAACUUGAUCAACUCAGAGAGGAGAUGCGGAAGCUUCUACAGGACACUGAUAAAGAGAAAGUCCAAAACAGUGAGUCUGACCAUGAAAAGCAGUUAAUUAUGCAGCUUCUGCAGGAGCACCCUGAAGGAGAACUUGACAUCAGCACGGCAAAUAGAAGUAACAUUCAGAUUCCCAAACAGGAAGGUGGGUACUAUGAGAUUAGAUCCAGUGUAGACAUCCAGCUUCUCUGGUCUCAGCUAGAUGGAUCUCGUGCCAGUCGUCAGGAGCUAAUAGAACUAAAGGAGCAGCUUUUAGCCCGAUCUGCUCAAGUCGAAGAGAUUGGGAGACUUAAACAAGACUUUGAGCAGCAGAGGCUGCAUAUAAAAGCAGAGCAUGAGAAGGAAAUGGAAGAACUGAGAAUAUACUUUGAACAAAAGUCCCGAAUGACAGAAGAGAACUACAGAGAGGAACUAGAGAUGCUGUUACAGCGCCUACGAGAAAUAAAGGAUGAAGACAAGGAGGAGCUACCUCAUCAGAGCAGCUCCCUCCUUGCUUUAGACGUGGCAUCAGAAAAUGAACAAAGUCAUCUAUUACAGCAGCUGACUGAUGAACUGUUGCAGCAUAAGGAAGAACUCUCCUACUUACGGCAUCAGUCUGAGGAGAAAAACAAACGGGAUCUGGAAAACCUGCAUGCAUCUUUGUCCCUUCAGUAUGUAUCUGAAAUUCAGUCUCUACAAAUGAAACACUCUUUGGAGCAAGAGCAGCUGAAGGCUAGACUGUCUGAGGAGCAUCUUAGAGAAAUGACAAAGUUGGGAUCAAACACCGUUUGUGAUAAUAGUCACCUUAUGGGAGCUGAAGUAGAUGAGAAUAUGCAGUGCUUUGAAGAUGAUUAUCAGGCAUGGCAUUUUCCUCUGCCACCAAAUCAUUAUGCUGUUAAACUGGACAACCCAUUGGAGCAGUCCGAUGUGGUUGAGCAGCUUGUCCCAGAACAGGGAGACAAAUUGCAAUGUGUCUUAAUGGAAAAUAAGGAUCAGAUCUGUCAGGCAGAGACACAUUUGAUGCCUGAAGACGCAACCUGCAGCAUCCCUAAUACAGGCAACUCUGAGAAUGGCAUUAGCCUGCAAAAUGAAAGUUGCCAUCUCCUUUAUGAAAAACGACACGAUAAAGAGCUUCUGUUGCUAAAGGAUCAACAUGCUAAAGAACUGGAAUCGCUGAAGCAACAAAUGUCUAUAGAGUUGGCAGAGAUCACAAAAAACAUACAAGCAGACUAUGACUGUGCACUGAAGGAGGCUCAAAAAAGGUUCAAACAAGAGCUGCGGGAAAACCCUGAUGAAUUACAAAGUCUCUGGAGAGAGCUUCACGAGAAAUUAGACUCUGAAAAAUACCAGGAUGGUUCAGGUGACCAUGUAUCAGUCAGUCCCAAGGGCUCUUUGGGGCAGCAUAAAGAGUUACUUGGCAACAGUAUGUCUGACAUGCAGCAGCAUGAGAAUAUGCUCAUUGUUGAUGUGGCAGACCAAAAGUAUCAUUUGAAAUCAGAAUUCAAUGCAGAUGUGUUGCAUCAUGAACCCAAAGAAAAGAUAAUCAGUCAGCUAUUAGAAAUACAAAAACAGUAUGGGGACCUCCGUGCCCAUGUCACUGAGCUACAGUUACAGAAUGGAGAAGAGCUCAACAAAACGGUGUCUGAGCACGAACAGGUGCUCAGCAAACCUAUAUCAGUGAUGAAACAAAAGUAUGAGGAAGAGCUCAGCAAUGUUGUGUCUCAGUUGCAACUGCUGCACACGGAGGAAAGUCCUGUGUCUGAGCUACAAAUGCAAAAUGAACAGGAACUUCACAGACCGGUUUUUGAGCUGCAACACCAGGAAGAUGUAAACAACCAAAUGUCUGAACUGGAGCACAAAAAGGAACUUUCCCCCCUGAUAUCAGAGCUGCAAAAGCAACAUGAUGAGGAGUUCAAUAACGUGUUCGGACUGCAAAGGCAACACCAGGAGGCGCUCAACAACUGUGUGUCCAAACUGCAGCAGCAACAUGAAGAGGAGCUUGACGGCCAUAUAUCUGAUCUGCAACAGCAAAACGAAAAGGAGCUCAGCAACCGUGUGUCUCAACUGCUACAGCAGCAUGAGGAGGAGCUUAACAACAAGCAAAUGCAACAUGAGGAACUUGACAACCAUGUGUCAGAACUGCAAGACCAGAACGAAAAGGAGCUCUGCAACCAAGUGUCUGAAUUGCAAAGGAAACAUGAAAAGGAGCUAAAGAACAAGAAAAAGCAGCAUGAGGAGGAGCUUGACCACCGUGUGUAUGAACUGCAACUGCUACACGAGAAGGAGCUCAACAACCGUGUGUCUGAACUGCAACAACAACAUGAGGAAGAAUUCAACAAACGUCUGUCUGAACUGCAACAACAACUUGAAGAGAAGCUCAACAACCGUGUGUCUGAUCUGCAAAGGGAACAUGAAGAGGAGCUUAAGAACAAGAAAAUGCUGAAUGAGGAGCAGCUUGAACACCGUUUGAAUGAACUGCACUUGCUACAUGAGAAGGAACUUAACAACCGCGUGUCUGAACUGAAACAGCAACACGAGGAAGAACUAAACAACCGUGUAUCUGAAUUGCAACAACACCAGGAGGAGCUCAACAACCGUGUGUCUGAUCUGCAAAGGGAACAUGAAGAGGAGCUAAAGAACAAACAAAGGCAGCAUGAGGAGGAGCUUGACAACUGUAUGUUGGAACUGAAACAGCAACAUGCCGAAGAAUUCAACAAACAUGUGUCUGAACUGCAACAGCAACAUGAAGAGGAGCUCAACAACAAUGUGUCUAAACUGCAAAGGAAACAUGAAAAGGAGCUAAACGACAAACAAAGGCAACAUGAGGAGGAGUUUGUCAACAGAGUAUCUGAACUGCAACAGCAACACGAGAAAGUGCUCAACAACCGUGUGUCCAAACUGCAACAGCAACACAAGGAGCAGCUCAACAACUGCGUGUCUAAAAUACAACAGCAGCAUAAGGAGGAGCUCAACAACUGCUUGUCUGAAAUACAACAGCAACAUGAGGAGAAGCUCAAAUACCAGAGGUCUGAAAUGCAACAGCAACAUGAGCUAAAGAACGGUUUGUCUGAACUGCAACAGCAACACGAGGAGGAACUAACCCGUGUGUCUAACCUACAAAAGCAUGAGGAGGAGCUUAAAGCCCUCACCUUCAGGCAUAAAACACAAAUCGAACAACUGGAGACAACACAUAUGACAAAUAUGGAUACUCUUGAGUCUUCUUAUCUUACUGAGAUUCAGAAGAUCCGGGAUGAGCAUUCACAAGCCCUUGCUGACCUAGAAAUUUGUCUGUCUGAUCGUCUCCAAGAAAAAGAAAGGGAAAUGUUGGAAAAACUGGCAAAUGCUGAAAUGCACUGGCGUGAUCAGCAUCAACAGGAACUACGUCUCCUCCGGGAAAUUCUUGGAAAAGAGCUAGCUGCUGUUCAUAUGGAUAAAUUUCAAGCCAUGUCAAGGGAGCUUGAAGAAGCCCAUAUGGAGGAACUUGAUCAUCAGCGUUGUGUACUUGAACAGGAGAAAAUCCAGGCCCUAGAUGUCCUGCAAGAAGAAUUACAAAAAAUAGAGCAGCAGCACCAGAUUGCUCUGCAGGAGCUGCAGGGAUUGCACAAUGUAGAAGUUAAGAAAAUGAGUCUUGAAGAAACUGGAAAGCUGCAGCUGGAAAUUAGAAAGUUAAAAGAUGAAAUUCAGAAACAAGAGAUCCUAACUACAGAAUUGACUACUGAGCGCCAGGCCUUAUCUGCUGAACUGCAGGUUAAGGCAGAUCAGCAAUUGCAAUUUCAAGAGGAAAUUGAGCUGCUAAAGUGUCAGUCAGAAAUGUUGCUGGAACAACAAAUAACACAACUGAAGGAAGAAUUUGAAGUGGAGCGACGGGUUUCUCUGCAAAAGAAAGAAGAGCAGUUUACAAAAGAAGCAGAAAAGAUGCAGGCUACUCACCAGGUGGAGAUGGAUCACAUGACCGAUAAGCUGCAAGAAAAGAGCAAGCUUGUAUUGCAGUUACAGGAACAAAUCUCUUCUUUGACUAAAGAAAUGGAGAAAUCUGAUUUACAACUUGAGGAGCUCGUACAGAGAAGAGAGCGAGAGAACCAAGAAGGGGAUAACUUGGUGGCAAUGCUACAGUCUGAUGUAUCCACUGCCCAGCAUGAGAAAGCAAAGCUACAUGAUUCUUGUCGGCGCCUCCUUAAACUUUUUUCUGAUGUGUUGAAGAAUACACUCUCAACAGAAGAUCUCAUCUGCAAAAAAAUUGGUCUGUGUUUGGAUAGCAGCUUACCUCACCAGGAAAAUGUGGACAAAAAUGAUACAUUGGAAAAAACAUGGGGCACCUUUGCACUCCUCAAAUGCAAUGAUCUUUUGGAGAGGAAUGAUAAAAAUCGUUCAGAUUGUGAAACCAUGACAGAACAGAGUCUAAUGUCCUCAGAUGAGGGUUAUGAGGUUUCGGAGUAUCUAUGUGAAAGUAUGCUUGGUAACCUAGAGGUUGGCUUGGAGAAUGAGGAGAAGAUACUGUUGAUGAGCCAACGCUUACGUACUGCUGUUGAGCAACUGCUUGAAAUGGUUGCAGGUUCAACAACCCAGCUUGAAUUUGCCCAAGAAAUGCAGCAGAAAAUCCAGGAGAAGUUAAGAAGCAAUAAUCUAGAGAUGGCUCAAGUAGUUGUACAGAACCAAGAGAUGAAAAAACAGUUGGCAUUAGAGAGAGAAGCUAAGAACCAGCUGCAAGUGGAACUGCACAAAGCUCAAGGUCUUAUUGAGGGUUAUGCAGCUGAGAAAGCAACGCUGGAGAAAACAUUAUCAGGAAAGGAAAAUGCUGAGCGUCUUCUGGUUGUUGAGCUGGAGAAGUCGCGUGAACAACUGAAAGUUUUGUGCCAGGAGCCAUCUAUUUUAGGAGAAGAGAAAGCGGUUCUCCUUAAACUGCAGGAAGUUUUGUCCGGCAGCGUGAAAAAUGUUGAAGCAGAACUUUUAAAAGAAACCGAGCGAUUGGCCCAAGAAAAGAUUGACUUGCACUGCCAAGCGAAAAAGGAUCAGUCGAACCUACUAUCUCAGAUGAAAGUGCUUGAGAUGGAGUUUGAAGAGCAAAUGUCUCGCAACCAAGAACUUCUUAGGAAAACAAAUGAUAUGUCUGAUCUUCAGCAACAAAUUCAGUCACUGGAGAAGCAACUGAAGAACCAGAGACACUUUAUGGAUGAGCAGGCUGUUGAACGUGAGCAUGAAAGAGAUGAAUUCCAGCAAGAGAUUCAGAAGCUGGAGGAACAGCUUAAACUUGCAUUUAAAAAUCAAGGUGACUCAAGAGCCUAUGGGCUCCUUGACUGGCGUAUUCAGAUAGAGAAUUUGGAGGCUCAAGUAAAGGAGAAAGCAGAUGACUGCAACCUACUAUUGCAAGGAAGAGAUCAUCUUGAACAGCAGAUCACAGAAAGAAAUGAGGAGAUAGACAAAAUGCUGAUUAGAAUCCAAGAGCUAGAGCAGGCAGCACUGAGCAAUGCAGAUGCAGCCAAGAAAUGCACUCAACUAGAGGAAGAGCUACAUAAAUUGCACAAGACCCAGAAAGAAAUUCUGCAGGACAAGGAUGCUUUGCAAAAGCAGCAAUACAACAACGCUCUUCAGAUUUCUGCCCUUCAGUCAAAACUAGAUGAGGCCCGGCACAGAGUACCUUUGGCUGGAGAGUCUGAAAAUAUUUUAUUAAAAGAGCAGUUGCAGGCUGAACGUGAGGCUCUGCUCAUUAAGGAGAAGGAGGCUGAAAGUCUGGCUGAGCAACUGGAGCAAUUCAGAGAAGACCUGAUGAACAAAACCGAAGAGGUUCUUCAACUGAAUAUGCAACUAGAGGUCCAAAGCAAACAGAAUGAGUUGGUUGCACAUGAAUUUCAGGAGGAAGUUUUUCAACUAAAGGAAGACCUUUUUUCUUUGAAAGUCCAACGGGAUCAAGAAAGAGACAACUCUUCAUUAGAGCUUCCUCAGGCCUUGUUGCAAGAAAAGAACCAAGAAAUUGAUCAUCUUAAUGAGCAGAUCUUGCAGUUGCAACAGGAGCUGGAAAAGUUGACUCUACAGUCCAAGUCUUCAGAGGUAGAUCAGCUUGAGGAAUCACUGGUUGAACAUCUCCGUAGCGACCUGGAGAGGUUGCGUAAAGACAAGGAAGAGGAAGUAGAACAGCUGCACGAAGUGAUUGAGAAAUUACAGCAGGAACUGGUCCAACUUGGUCCCAACCGGCAUGAGGUUAGUGAUAGCCAGGAGAGCCUAGAUCAGCUGGGGCUUGGAGAGGUGGAGAAUCUGAAGAGUGAGCUGCGAAAAGGAGCUCGGAAACUGCACAAUGGAAGUUUGACUGAGCUUGAUCAAUUAAGCAAGGGGAAAGAAGACCUAAGAAAUCUUGAGGAAGAGCUGAUGAUGUACAAGACUGAGAUAGAGACUCUGCAACAAAACCUUGAAGAAAUUCAAGCUCAACACCAUGCUGAACUUGAAGUGUUGGGUCAGAAUCUGCACAACCUACAAGAGUCCACUAGACAGAAGGUCCAGGAAUUGAACUCUCUUGAAUUGCAACAUACUAGCCUUCAGGAAGAGCAUGAGCUUCUCAGAACGGUCUUGUCACAGAGAGAAUCAGAGGUUGCCAUCUUGUCCUCUCAGGUGCAGGAGAUACAAGACACUCUGCAGGAAAAUAAAGCAUUCUUGACUGAAAAGGAGUUGCUUGUACAGACCCUGCAGGAGCAAAGAACAGCAGAUGUAGCUGUAUUGGAAGAGCAGUUUGCACAAAAGUGUUUUUCUCAUGAGCUAGCCAUUUCAGAGCUGCAGGAAUUGCGUACUAACAAUGAAGCAUUAAAAGAGCUUCUAGAAAAAUCUUCCAAAGACCAAGAAAAGCACAGAGAAGAGGUAGAUAAUCUGAAUCCACAUCUGAACACAUGGGAAGAUAAAGCCAAAGAAAUCCAGGCAAUAAAAUCACAAGAAACUGAGAAGAAUCAAGUUAUCUCCGUAUGCGAAUCCGAUCAAGAUUUGGUUUCCUUGAAGGAGCAGCUGAGCACUGCUAAGGAAAUGCUAAUGGGGAAAGAAACUCAACUGCACAAUACACAAGACCUGCUGUCUAGAAUGAAGUGUGAGCUGGAAGAACUGCAUAUAGAAUGUGAGCAUAGAGAGACAAAGGCCCAGCAGGCCAUUCAGCAACUCAAGAGGCGGGAUGCUUGUGUGGUUGAACUGCAGUCUCAUUCUCAAAAUCUUGGAGCACAAGUGCAGAAGCUCCAAAAAACCCUGGAGUCUCAAGAGGUUACAAUUGCUAGCAUGUCUGAAGAGCUUCAGAAGCAGAAUAUGGAAGGCCGGUACAAUGUAGCCUCACACAUUAGAGGUUAUACUAAGCCCAGGAGCUUUACGGAAAGUCUAACAGACCUAAGUGACUGGGAUUCACCAGACAUGGUCCGGAAACAAGAGGAGCACAUUCACAGUAUGAGGGUUUUCACUCCUUUCUCUGAACUAAGCAUUGCUUAUAGCACAGAUUGUGAUCCUAUACCAUCAAAAUCUUCUGAGUAUCAGAAACAAACUCUUCAAUAUGAUCUUCUGGGAUCAAGUACACCAUCUCUCACUGGAAGCAACUACUCUGCACAAAGGACAAGUCCAGUUGGAGACACAGAACACAUCAUGGUAGAGUCGGAAACUGAGGAUGGAGGUACAUUCCGUAAUGACAAUAUCGUACAUGAACAGACCGACAAAAUGUUUUACAAUGAAGGCUACGAAACCGGUCGUAAACCAGAGAUGAUGCAGGGCAAGCUUGCUGGACUCGGUAUGGGUUAUUUGAGAAAGAGAGGAAUGUCAAAAAAUCUACAGAGUAUGCUGCAAAUGAUACACGAGGAGAGCUGUAAAAUCCUAGCCUUGUCACAGCGUCCUAUAGACCAAAUACCUGGUGAUCCUAUGCUGGCAGAUACCUGGCAGAAAGAUAAGCAGACUCUUCAAGAUGCCAUGCAAACACUUAGCAAAGCGUUGACAGAGGCUGCAUUGAAGCAGGAGAAGGAGUCUUCAGAUGUUGCUUUAGAUUGGAGGAAAGAAUUGUUGCAGAAUGUGCAGCGUUUAUUGGAAAGUGAGCGUGCAUACCUACGCCUGGAACUACAGUCAUGUCUCGGCAAUCAUGGCUCUGUGGAUGCAAGUUCCAUGUCAGAAACAAUGGAGCGUUUAAUAAAAGAACAGGAAGAGCAAAAGCAUCUUGUAAUGGCACACCUAUUGGCUUCUGACCGCAGUAGCCUUCUCUCUGAAAUUCAAGAUUUAAGAUCACAACUACGGAUGGCUCAUCUGCAAAAUCAAGAGAAGCUACAGCAGCUACAGGAGACUCUAACUAAUACAGAGGAGAAAGGAAGCAUAAGGGAGCACCAGUUGCGUAGGCAAGCGAAGUUACUGGAGUAUAAACUACAGCAGGAAGCUUCCAUUCUGGCGGAUCUGAAAGCCUCCUUGUCCCGAGAGAAAGAAAGAGCUAGUGAACAACGGCAACUUCUACUUGUGGAGCAGGGCUCAGUCAGUCAGCUCCGUACAGAACAGGAAGAAUGGCAACUUGAACAGGAGAAACUUCUAAAAACACAGACGGAACUCCAGAUGGAGAUAUCCAGACUAAGAGAGGAGCUGGAGAGCAAAGAACAGACUGUGUCUGUUUACAUGGAAAAAUUGCAUACUCAACAAGAACUGGGAAGUAAACGCUUGGAGGAAGAGAAAAUUCUUCAACAGCAGAGUCAGGAACGCUAUGAAAAAACUUUGCAGGAGUUGUCUGAAUCACUAGAAGAACUGCAACUGCAGAAUAACAACCUCUCUGCAGCUUUGCAACAUGAACAAACCUGCUGCAGCAACUUGAAGAAAGAUUUGCAGAUUGAGCAGUCUCGGGCUGAGGCACUUCUUGCUUUGGAGCAAAACAAACUGUCCGAGAUGAAACAAGAAUUGGCUAAAGAGAGGCAACAAUCGCAGAAAGUGUCCAAUACUUUAACACUUGAACGUAAUAUGUUGGAACAGCUUAAGCAGCAACACUCCCAGGAGCUGUCCCGGAAAGACCAGGAGAAAGUUCAGGAACACAAUGCAGCGCUCACACUGAGGAGCCAGUUAGAAGGGGAACGAAGCCGGGCAAAGGAUUUAGCUGCUAUGAUGGAAAAGACUCAACAACAAGCUAUCCAUGCAAAGAGACAGCUGGAAGCAGAAGUGCAAGCCAGUAGGGAAGAAACCCAGAAAGUACGAGAGACAAGCAUCAAGCUACGGGCUAUGCUGGAUUCUUUGCAGAGUCAGAAACAGCAGUUAGACAACACCUUGGAACAGCUUAGGUUCCGUGAGAGCAACCUGCAGAAAGAGCGGGAUCAGUACCAAGCACAACUUUUUAUUUACCAAGAAGAAGAGAGAUGUUGGGUAAAAGAAAAGGAGAAGGAUAGGAAAAGAGAGCAGCAGAAUGAGGCAAAGAAAGCUCAAGAAGAAGAGCGAGAGAAAAAGAUAUUGAGCUUGCAGCAACAACAUGACAGAGAUCAGCAUCGUAUCCAGGAACUGCAGCACAUGCUGGCAGAACUAGAGGAGCAAGAACGUGCUAUAGCUUCCCGCAAACUCCAGUUCCAGAAAGAAUCAUUCAGCCCUACCAAAAUAUUUUCUGAUAUUGACACAAUAUACACAAAGGGACUAGAAAAGGUUUGGCAUCAACUGUCCCAGAUGGUCCUCCAGGUGAGAGAAUGGGUAAUCAAGAACAUUGACAGGAAGUUGCCAAGCUACCCAGACGAGGAGGCGGUGACAUCUUUACUGGACACAUUAUCUGAGCUGAAAACCGAUUUAAAGAGAAGCUGUGGAAAGCCUUCGAGGCAAGUGUCGCAUAGUCUGAUGGAUGUUCUGCAAAGUGAGAAUGAGGAGUUAACAAAAUCUGUAACUGCACUUGCUAAGGACAAAAUGGAAUUGAAAAGCCAGCUAGCAGAACUGAAGAGACUUCAGCAGCCAUCUGAAAGACAGGUGCGCUCUAGUAGUGCAGUAGAACCUGUUUUUGAAGCCGAGCGGGCUGCAUGGCACAGAGAGAGGCGCCACUUGCAGAUUGCACUUAAACAUGCCGAAUCAGAACUAGCCAAGGUGACCUUAGAAAAUCAACCAGUUCCUGAUGUACCUAACUCCAAGCUACACCGGCUGCACAGGAAGUACCUGAGAGCUGAAAGCUUCCGUAAAGCUCUAGUUUAUCAGAAAAAAUAUCUAUUGCUUCUCCUGGGUGGUUUCCAAGCUUGUGAACAAGCUACAUUAUCUCUGAUUGCCCGUAUGGGAGUUUACCCGUCGCCUUCAGACCUGCAGAUUCCAGUCACUGAGAAGCCAGCCCUCACCAAGUUCCGAUCCGCUGUGAGAGCUGUAAUUGCAAUAUCCAGGUUAAAGUUUCUAGUACGGAAGUGGCACAAAAUAAAUAAAAAGGCUGUCCUAGAAGAUCCUGUAGUACAGACAUCUGCUGCAUUUAAGCAAGGGCCUCUCACUAGGACAGAUAUCUUACAUCAGCAGAAUAUUGGCAGUGUCCUUUUAAACUCCCCUCCCACAAAAGACGUGCCUUUGUGCCUCCGGCCCAGCCCCGUGUCAACAAGCAUCCACUCUCCAAAGACAACCCACUGGACUCACAACAGAAGUGGCAGCUCUCCUGCCCUGACUCCUGAACAACCUCAGAGCACAAGUCAUGAUCCAGAGCGCUCAAUCUCUGAGUACAUCCGACACCUAGAGCUGGUUCAGCAAAGAUUAGGUGGACUGCAGAAUGGUACCUCUCCAGAGCUCUCCAGAAACAAAUAUAUCCGAAAAUGAAAACAAAGUCUUCUUCAAUCUUCCCACUUGGAAAAAUACCAGCUUAUAUUUUCCUAUACAAUGUACACUUUUAUGUGCACUGAGUUUUUAGCACUUGUAAAAUGUAUAGUAGGUUUUAUAAAUAUAUAUAUAUAUUGGGAGUAGUAUUUCGCACAGUCACAGAAUGAAUACAUUACUGGACACACACACAGAGGAGAAAAAUACAGGGUAGCUGGUACUUUUUAUGUAAAGUUGAAUUUUGUACUAAAUAAACCUAUGUUUACAAA